AUGGAAGAGGACUCUCGAGAAGAGUACAAUGCAAGGAUACGAAGGAGUUUGACCGACUGGUUCGGUCCAUUUGAGGAGUUUCACGAUCGGGUGGCCAAGAAUCAAGCGACAAGUAGGCAUGGAUUGAUUAGGGCAAAAAUGAAGCCCCGACCAGCACCAUGUGUGAACCUCCAACUCCCUCCAUCCGACUCGCCGAGCCAUGUGCCCGUCCACGUGGCACUUCAAAGUAUGCGAAAUCUGGUGGACGAGCCAUUAAGCGCUCUGCCACACGAGUUCGCAGACCUGAAAAGAGCCGUGACGAAUGGAGGGAGGACGAAUCGAGCGCCAACGACGUCGUCAGCGUUUUCUCAACCUUCCACGUCUUCUGAAUCGACGAAAAAACGGAAAUUGGAAGAGACGACAGAGGAGGUCGAGGCGAAACGGAAGAAGAAUGAGUCUAGAAAUUCAAUCCCUCCAUCAACACCGGAUUCUGGAGUGCACUCGACGGAGAGCGAUCUGCACGAGGAUCAUGGUUCCGAGGAAAUUACAGCGAUUCUGAAUAUCAUGAAGACACUGGAUGUCCCUCAACUCUCUCCAAUUCCCGAUAAUCUCAUCGAGAAGCUCAAAAAAGAGAAAGACGCAGAGAAAGAGAGAGAACGACAAAAAGAGCGAGAAAAAGCGUUCGAAUCGCAUAAACAGCUAGAAAAAGAAACGCGAUUCUUGUCGGAUAGCUCCGUCUCAGCGGCUUCGACGUCCCGUGAGCCUUCUGAAGAGCCUGAAGUCGUUGUCCCUGCUGUGAAGAAGAUUCUGACGCCUCCACCACCGCCACCACCGACAUUUGUUGUUCCAUCUGCUGGAACGAUUAGGUUGAAGGCGUUGAAACCGGAAAAAUAUCAAAAAUUGGUGGAUUUGGCGAAGAGUCGCGGGAAGUUGAAAUCUGAAGACGUGAAAGCUGAAAAAUCGGAGAAACCAGAGAAACCAAUGGUUCUACCUGGGAAUUGCUCCACAUCAGCAGCAUUAUGUAUGCAAUUUUUGACACAGCUGGCCGCUGUGGCCAUUGAUCAGGCCUAUCCAGCAGUGCCAAAUGACUACCAUCUGCCAAACAAAAAACUAUUCGUCUCAUAUCGAUCGGUCCCACCACCAGCACCGUCUCCAUCAUCUGCGGCUGUCCCAAUUCGUUUUAAUUCAUAUUCCUCAGUUGGUUCAAACAUUCGAGGCCUAAAUUCUCAAACUCUCCAUCCUGGAAGCAUGGAGCCGCCUCUUACACCCGGGAACUAUCGAUUGUAUAGCAUGAGAUUUUGUCCAUAUGCUCAGCGAGUUCUUAUCUAUUUGGCUAAGAAAAACAUUCCAGUAGAAGUGGUGAAUGUGAACCCUGACCGUAGUCCGAACUGGUAUUUGGCGAAAUCUCCAAUCGGAAGAGUCCCAGCACUGGAAAUUAAUGGAAAAGUGGUUUGGGAAUCUAAUGUGAUUGUGGAAUACCUGGAUGAGCUGUUCCCAACAACUACAGUACUCCCGAGAGAUGCCUUUGAGAAGGCACAUCAAAAAAUUCUAGUGGAACGAUUGUCACCGAUAAUGAACGCAUUAUUCGAGUUCUACAGUAGUAUGAGCAAUCAGCAGGCACAACGACAAAACGAUAUGAAUGUGCAUAGUGCUCUCAGAAAUGCCGAGAAUUUGUUGAGAGACUCGUUUUAUGGAGGUCGUCAACCCGGCUACGCCGACUAUCUCAUCUGGCCAUUUUUGGAACGUCUCCAACUUUUAACAAUGACUCAAAAUUCUCAAUUCCGAUAUUUUCCGGGUCUUCAUUAUCCGAAAAUUGGCGCCUACAUUGCUCGGAUGCAAAAUCAACCAGAGAUCAAAUUCUCAUCCCGCCCACUGACACAUCAUAAAGCGUACCUGGAUAGUUUUUCGAUGGGUAUGCCUAAUUACGAUUUUGGCAUUUAUGGAAAAUCUUAA